UUUGGCUAAGCAAAUGAAUUUCAAAACCAAUCACUUAAAAUUUUCUUUGAAACUAAUACUAAACCAAAGCGCUGUUUUGGUGGAGUAUCCAGGGCACGAACCGCAGCUUUUUAUGCCAACCCUCUUCAAGGACAGCAUCGUAUUGCGAAACAUUAUAUUUGAUCAUAUCACACAGCCGGACAAUGAGACACCAAAGCAUACACUUCCGCACAAGUCUCGUUCCGAAGCGGGCGCCGCUAGGCCAAAACGAAAGUUGGCUCGAAACAGUUCAGCUUGCGAUGAUUUCUCAGUAAAAGGUAUUACGGUGAGCAAGAGCUUCAAAUGGGCGCGUUCUGCUGCUCAAAAUAAUGGGAAGCCAUUAAGCCCAAAUAAAGAAUGUUCUGAAUGGAUGCGCCCUUUUGAUAACACUGACAAAAAAGCAGUACUGCCCAAUAGCGGCAGUUCCAAGUUGGUUGAGUCUGCCUAUAGCUGUAAUUCUAGACCAUUAAACACGAAGAACAACUGUUUCCAAUGGGUGCGUUCUGGCAAUCCUGAUGACCGAGGGAGCCUGAACUCAGAGGUGAAGAAAUUACAUUCCAAAGUGGCAGGCAGACUUACCACCCGUCGCUAGUGCAAAAACUCCGUGCCUGGAUAAAUCCAAGCAUCUAAAAUACCUACCUUGAGAAAAAACAUGACUACAUGAGGUUUAGUAUUUCAUAACUAAGUCUUUAAGUGUUUUGUAUAUUCUAUAAAUUUUGCGUUUUAAUAAAUUUUAGCAGACAAAUACUUAGUUUUGUUG